GGCGAAGCUGCGGACUCUCUGGCGACGCAGUGACGACUUCGACGACAUGGACAGCCACGACCAGUGCAUGCUUCUCUUUCAGCUCAACCAACACUCGACGCUCGACGAUGUACUCACCAAAAUGACUGCGGCCAUCAUGGCAGCUGUCUCCAAGGAAGUCCCAGCAACGCCCGAAUGCGACGACAACGACAGGGCAACCACCAACGAGCGCAAGAUAGAGGGUGGAGCUUUGCACGACGCAGCGACAAGUCCGACCCAGCAGAUUGCUGCGAUGGCGGCGCAGCUGGAAACGGUGACGAACAAGUUGGAAGCAGUGACGAGCCACAACACCGCGAUGGAAGCCAAAUUAGAAGCAGUGACGAAACAGAACGCUACCAUGUCGGUCGAGUUGCAGUCGAUAACGGGUCAACUGACGACGGUGACUGCAAUGCUCUCCCUUUUGAGCCGCGAUGGGUCAUCGUGAGCGCCAACGUCAGCAACACUAGCCUAACGCUGCACGCGACACGUUCAACAAUGAUAUUGGUCGUGUUCUGUU